CGACUAAGUUGAGUGUUCAAAAAAUUUAGCAGCACUCCUUUUGGUUUCACCUAUUGAUUUACCUUCUUUGGAGGGGGACACAGAAGUCUUCAUGGGUUGAGUAAAAUCGACCAAAUUAGUAUAAUUGAUCCAGAUCCACCGAAGAGAAUGGUUUGGGUUUGGUGAUUAGAUGAACUUGGUUUUAAAAAUAAUAAAACUAAUAAUUUAAAUUAGGUUUACUCUUCCCUUCUAAGUAUCAAAAGCGGGUGAUGCUAAAUGCUAAUCAUUUCCUUGUGGAAACAAAUUCGAUAACCCAUUGGUGUGUCUGUAAAACCAAUUAAAAUGUUGUUCUUUUGCACAACAACAACAACCAUAUUCUCUUUUCCGAUAAGAACCGUUAACAAACUGAAGCAUAGACAGAGACAAACCGUUCUGGUAGCUUCCAUUCACCACGACAGCCUCAGAGUUCUCGAAUGGGACAAACUCUCCGAUUUGGUCUCUUCCUUUGCCACCACUUCCUUGGGCCGUCACGCCCUCAAGGAUCAACUGUGGUCCCUGAGUCGAACUUAUGAGGAGAGUCUCAAACUUCUCGAAGAAACCAAUGCUGCAGUCGAAAUGCACAAGCAUGGUUCGUGCAGGUUGCACUUUGGUCACAUUGAUGCUAUGCUGGUGAAAACUGCAAUUCAAAAUGCGCGGAGAACCAUACCGGUAACUGGCUAUGAGGCAAGGGCUGUUUUGUCUCUUCUUCAGUGUGCUGACACAUUGCAGGGUGAUUUAAAAGCUACAAUUAAGCAAAACAGAGAUUGGUAUAGCCGUUUCAUGCCUCUUACAGAAGUGAUAAUGGAGUUUGUCUUUAAUCGAUCUUUGGUUAAAGCUAUAGAACAAGUUAUUGACGAAGAUGGCUCUAUCAAGGACUCUGCGAGUUCAGAGCUUAAAAAGUCACGUCAACAAGUGCAACUGCUUGAGAGAAAGGUACAACAAUUAAUGGAAAGCUUAAUCAGAAAUGAAAAGAGUGAAACAUCAAUUCUUGUAAGUGAAGUGAAUAACAUCGAUGGUAGGUGGUGCAUAAGAACGGAUUCUGGACAGAAAACAAGUUUUAAGGGUCUAUUGUUGUCCAGUUCAGGAGUAGGAAGUACUAUAGAACCACUUUCUGCUGUUCCCUUAAAUGACGAGUUGCAGCGAGCAAGAGGUUUGGUAGCAAAGGCUGAGGCAGAUGUGCUCUUGGCAUUAACCAAAAAGAUUCAGCUAGACGUCGAUGAUAUUGAAAAUAUAUUAAACAGUUUGGUUCAACUCGAUGUGAUUAAUGCUCGUGCUACGUAUGGUCUUUCAUUUGGAGGAUCAAAUCCCCAUAUAUUUCUGCCUGAUAGGAAUAGCUCUUCUACUGCUGAAUCCUUCUUAACAAGGAACGAAGAUUCCAAUGGACCGUUACCCAACAAUAGGGAAUGGAUGUUGUAUCUUCCCAAGGCUUAUCAUCCUUUAUUGCUUCAGAGUCAUAGGGCGAAUUUACAAAAGGCCAAAGAGGAUGUCAAUAACUCUACUUCAGUUGCUGCACUGGACAAAGCUCAACCACAGCCAGUACCGGUUGACUUUUUAGUAGCUAAUGAAACUCGUGUUGUAGUUAUAACUGGCCCUAAUACUGGCGGUAAAACGAUAUGUUUGAAGACUGUAGGAUUGGCUGCUAUGAUGGCAAAAUCAGGUCUCUAUGUUCUUGCUGCUGAAUCUGUGCAAAUUCCUUGGUUUGAUUUUGUUUUUGCUGACAUUGGUGAUGAGCAGUCCUUAUCUCAGUCUCUGUCUACGUUCUCUGGCCACUUGAAACAGAUCAGUAAUAUUAAAUUACAAUCAACAAGGCAGUCACUGGUGCUACUAGACGAGGUUGGUGCAGGAACAAACCCUCUUGAAGGAGCAGCUCUAGGAAUGUCAUUAUUGGAAUCUUUUGCCCAAGACGGUUGUUUAUUGACUAUAGCAACGACACAUCAUGGUGAACUGAAAACCCUGAAAUAUAGUGAUGAGGCCUUUGAAAAUGCAUGUAUGGAGUUUGAUGAAGUGAAUCUGAAGCCAACUUACAAGGUUCUCUGGGGCAUACCUGGUCGCUCAAAUGCAAUCAAUAUUGCCGAGAGGCUGGGACUACCAUCUGUUGUUAUAGAUUCUGCUCGUAAGUUAUAUGGUUCAGCUAGUGCGGAAAUUGAUGAGGUGAUUACUGAUAUGGAGAAGUUAAAACAAGAUUACCAACAGCUAUUAACUGAAGCAGAUUGUUAUCUAAAGCAAUCCAGGGAACUUCACAGUAGUCUAUUGAACACCAGAAGGAAGAUCAUGGAACAUAGUACAAGUCUAAGAUUUAAAAAGAUGAGAGAUGUUUCCGAGGCUGCAGCGAUGGCAAGAUCCAUCCUUCACAAGAAGGUCAGGGAGAUGGAUGCAUCAUCUAAGAAAAUGUCACAGCAUAAUAAAGCCAUUAAGAGCUCUCAUGUAUCAACAACAAACAACCUCCAUACUGCAGCAGAUAACAAAGAACCUGCUAUUACAGACAGAAGUCCAUCUGGUGUUAAAAAAAUUAACCAAUCAUCGACAGAUAGGUCUGCAAUUCCCAAGGUUGGUGAUACAAUACAUGUCUCUUCACUUGGGAAAAAAGUGACUGUUUUAAAAGUGGAUUCAUCCAAAGGAGAAAUUGUAGUUCAAGCUGGAAUCAUGAAGAUGAAACUAAAAGUAACUGACAUUCAAAGAUAGUAGAAAUUAGCAAGUCAUGGCCAUGAGAUCAUAAACGAGUAAGUUUGUAUUAUAAAUUAACUCACUUUGGCCUCUCAAGAGUGUGCAUCUA